UACGGGGUUGUUCAGUGACGUCAGAUCAUUUCGCCGGUCGACACCAUGCUACACACUGUAAGGAAGAGUUUCUCGGCCCUAAAAGCUGCUCAACCUUCAUUGAGUGGCAUAAUUGCAGCUCAAAAGUCAUCUUCACUAGUUCCUGCAGUUGCCUGUUCAAAACGUCAGUAUGCUGCAGAUGCUAAAGCUGCAGCAUCCGCAAAGCCUGUAGGAAAAAUCGUGGCAGUUAUUGGAGCUGUUGUAGAUGUCCAAUUCGAUGAGGGUUUACCACCAAUUCUUAAUGCCUUGGAGGUCCAAGGAAGAAGCUCAAGACUUGUUCUUGAAGUCUCACAACAUUUAGGUGAAAGCACGGUAAGGACAAUUGCCAUGGAUGGUACUGAAGGUCUCGUACGCGGAAAUGAAUGCGUUGACACAGGUUCGCCAAUCAGUAUCCCUGUUGGCCCUGAAACCCUUGGUAGAAUUAUCAAUGUCAUAGGUGAACCAAUUGAUGAGAGAGGCCCAAUUCCAACAGACAGGCGAUCAGCUAUCCAUGCAGAAGCUCCUGAAUUUGUAGAAAUGAAUGUAGAGCAAGAAAUUCUAGAAACUGGCAUCAAAGUUGUAGAUCUACUUGCUCCUUAUGCAAAAGGUGGUAAGAUUGGACUGUUUGGUGGUGCUGGUGUAGGAAAAACUGUAUUAAUUAUGGAAUUGAUCAACAACAUUGCUAAGGCUCACGGUGGUUACUCGGUAUUCGCUGGUGUUGGAGAAAGGACGCGUGAAGGAAAUGAUCUUUACCAUGAAAUGAUUGAAAGUGGUGUCAUUGAUCUUGAGGGAAACAAAUCCAAGGUAGCCCUCGUGUACGGUCAAAUGAACGAACCCCCUGGUGCUCGUGCCCGAGUUGCUCUGACUGGAUUGACAGUUGCCGAGUAUUUCCGUGAUCAGGAAGGCCAAGAUGUGCUUCUAUUUAUUGAUAACAUCUUCAGAUUCACACAAGCUGGUUCUGAGGUAUCUGCUUUGUUGGGCCGUAUUCCAUCUGCUGUAGGCUACCAGCCAACCUUGGCUACUGAUAUGGGUACUAUGCAGGAGAGAAUUACCACAACAACCAAGGGAUCUAUUACAUCUGUACAGGCUAUCUAUGUACCCGCUGAUGAUUUGACUGAUCCUGCACCUGCCACCACAUUUGCGCAUUUGGAUGCCACCACUGUCUUGUCCCGUGGUAUUGCUGAAUUGGGUAUCUACCCAGCUGUGGAUCCUCUAGAUUCAUCAUCACGUAUUAUGGAUCCAUUCAUUGUUGGGGAUGAGCAUUACAAUGUUGCUCGUGGUGUACAAAAGAUCUUGCAGGAUCAUCGUUCGCUGCAAGAUAUCAUUGCUAUUUUGGGUAUGGAUGAGUUGUCCGAAGAAGAUAAGCUAACUGUAUCCCGUGCGCGAAAGAUCCAACGUUUCUUGUCACAGCCUUUCCAAGUCGCAGAAGUAUUUAUCGGAACACCAGGAAAACUUGUACCCCUCAAAGAGACCAUCUAUGGAUUCAACAAGAUUUUGAAAGGUGAAAUGGAUCAAUACCCAGAUGUAGCUUUCCAUAUGGUUGGUAACAUCGAAGAAGUAGUAGCCAAGGCCGAUGCACUUGCUGAGGAACUUGCUUAAGCAUCUGCUUUUCUUAGGACCCAGGAUGUAUUCCUGCAGAUUUGACCUGUUACUCAUAUCAAACAUAUAGCUAUGACAAAUAGGCUGUUUCCAGCAGUUUUUCUUAAGUGUUUGUUUUACAACUGGUGUUGCUGUGAUCACCACCAUAUCUGAAAUUAUUACUGUAGAAUUCAAAGAAAGAUUUAAAAGAAAGAGAGCUAUGUAGUUAAACAACACUAUCAACAGAGAUUCCUAAAAAAGCUUCAAUCCAAAAGACAAAUCCCAUGUUAAAAUAUAAAGCCAGCAAUAUUAUAAAAAAUAUAAAAAUUAACUAACUUUAAUUGAAAAAUGAUUACAUUUUCAGCUGGACUAGAAUUAAAUGUUGUCCGGAAAAAAACA